AUGGCUGUUAAGAAGGGAUUGAUGCAUGCUAGCGAGAAGGAUUGCGCUAGUAAGCGGGAGAAGAGACUCCGCAUGCGAUUCCUGUGGCCAGCUCGAGCAUUGGAGGUCAGUCUCUGGUGGGACAGUGUCCUCCGGACCAUUGCUGCCGGAUACAUGUGGACGUGGGAGGCUUUCGAAACCCGCUUUCACGAGAAGUACUUUCCUCUCACGUAUCGGCAUGAGAAAGAGAGUGAGUUCCUUCGCCUCCGUCAGGGAGGGAAGUCUGUUGCUAAGUAUGAGAAUAGAUUCACGGAUCUGGCUAGGUAUGCUCCGUUGAUAUUAAUCGAUCAGCCAAUGCGAAUGCGACAGUUUUCAGAGGGCCUGCGACCCGAGAUACGCUCGAAGAUGUGUUGCGCUAGCAUAUCUAGCUAUGCUGAGCUGGUGGGCAUGUUUCUGCGAGCGGAGCAGGAUGGGGAUAGAUUAUCCUGCACGCGCAUGCUUAUGGUUCCUAGGCCGCGAUCAGAUUUACCGAGCAGGCCGUUCCUCUGCAUGAGGCCCCAUGUAGACUCAUCUCCUAGACUUGCAGCUCCACCAGCUCCUGUGAGACGACCAGACUUGUGGUGCACUUACUGUAAGAGGUCGGGCCAUGUAGAUACGUACUGUUUCACCAAGAUGAGGAACAAUGGCUUCUCACCGCCUCAAAGGAUCAACCACCCGCUUCCUCAGACGAUUGUAGCUCCACCUCUACGGUUAGCACCAGCACAUCCAUCUUUUCGGCUGCCUGCACCCCGAUUUAGGCCGCCUCAGUGA